UGACGCUGAAAUGCCACUUGAAGCCUUUAUUGCUCCUUCCUUCUUUCCCAUCUCUUCAAAUUCCACACACACAGAGGCCAGAGAAUAUAAAAGGAAAGCCAAUUCCAAAGCAUCAUCAGAAAGGAACCGUUGAUCGGAACAAAACAUGGCUUCAGCGACCAACCAUGACGCUAGUGGCGGCGACAAACCGGCCAAGCGAAAACCGGUUUUCACGAAAGUGGAUCAACUGAAACCGGGAACCAACGGUCACACCCUGGUGGCCAAGGUUUUGUCAUCCAACACUGUUUUGCAAAAGGGACGACCCUCUUCUUCCCACAACCUCCGCCCCACCCUCAUCGCCGAGUGCCUCAUCGGCGACGACACCGGCACCAUCGUCUUCACCGCUCGCAACGAACAAGUUGACUUAAUGAAGCCUGAUAACACUGUGAUUCUUCGUAAUGCCAAGAUUGAUAUGUUCAAGGGAUCAAUGAGGCUUGCUGUUGACAAAUGGGGCCGCAUUGAGGUCACUGAACCUGCAGAAUUUGUAGUUAAAGAGGACAACAACCUAUCUCUUGUCGAAUAUGAAUUGGUGAACGUGGUUGAGGAAUAAUUUAACACAAGAGUGCAAGUAUGGCUCUAUGAUUUGCUUGCAGUAAAUGGUAAACUUAACUGUUAGUGAAUGGGUUGGUAUACAUUCUUCUGUUAGCUGGUAUUUUGCUAUAACAUGUUUGACAUCUCGUAGGGUAAAGUUGAUGUCACUUGAUCAAUGUUGUGUCGGCAAUCAAGAUUUGCUAUUAUCUGUCAGCAAAUGUAUCCAAACAACUUAUGGAAAGUAUAAUAUCGUGUUUAUAUAGUAUCCGUAUGUUCUAUA